AUUCGUCUGUACUUCCACAAACCCUAUCUUCAGUAGUCUUCACUUUCCAUUCUCCGCCACCACACAAACAUAUGCUUUCUUCUUCAUACUCUCUAUUUAUACAAACAUUUCAUUCGACCUUUCUCUAUUCAUUCCCUCCUCCCAAUACUUUCUCCAAAAUAUUUUUUUUUCCUUCUCAUUCCACACAAAAUUCUUUUUCUGGGUUCCUAAAUUUGAUUUACAUUCAUUGAUUUGAUUUAUCUAUUGAAUUUGUAGUUGAGGAAGUUUCCAAUGGCGCUUGCCCAUGAUCCUCUCUUCAUUACAUCCGACAAAUCCCCCAUUGAUAUCACCUCUACUCCGCCUCCUUCUUCAAUGAUGAUAUUAACCCAAGACGAGCUCAAACGAAUCGCCGCUUACAAAGCCGUAGACUUCGUCAAAUCCGGCAUGGUCCUCGGCCUCGGCACCGGCUCCACCGCCAAACACGCCGUCGACCGAAUCGGCGAGCUUCUCCGUCGAGGCGAGCUCGAGAACAUCGUCGGGAUACCCACGUCCAAGAAGACGCAGGAGCAGGCUCUCUCCCUCGGCAUCCCUCUCUCCGACCUCGACUCCCACCCCGUCAUCGACCUCUCCAUCGACGGCGCCGACGAGGUCGACCCUCGUCUCAACCUCGUGAAAGGCCGAGGAGGGUCUCUGCUCCGGGAGAAGAUGAUCGAGGGAGCUUCCAAGAAGUUCGUGGUGAUCGUCGACGAGUCGAAGAUGGUGAAGCAUAUCGGUGGAAGCAAGCUGGCUCUUCCGGUGGAGGUUGUGCCUUUCUGCUGGGAGUUCACGGCGGAGAGGCUACGGGGGGUGAUGGAGGGGUACGGCGGGUGCGAGGCGAAGCUGAGGUUUGGAGAGAAUGGGAGGGCUUUUGUGACGGACAAUGGGAAUUAUAUUGUGGAUAUGUAUUUGGAGAAGGAUAUGGGAGAUUUGAGGGUGGUUAGUGAUGAGAUUUUGAGGCUGCCUGGAGUUGUGGAGCAUGGGAUGUUUCUUGAUAUGGCUUCUACUGUUAUUAUUGCAGGUGAGCUUGGUGUUAAGAUCAAGAACAAAUACAGCUCUUGUUGUUGAUUUUCUUGUUUUUUUGGUGGGCAUUUAGGAUAAAGAGAGGGAUUAUUAUGAUUGGUUAAGAGGAAACUGAUGAUCUAGAGAUAAUAGAUAGGUUUUGGAAUGAUUGUUGUUAUGAUGUCAUUUGUGAAGAGAUUUGACUUUUCACAUGCUUGAUCAUCAUCUUAAUCUUAGUUCUUAAUAUAUAUAAACUGCAUUUUUGUUUCAUUGCUUUUUCGUCUUUCUAAAAUGGGCCUAUACAUUCUCAUGUGUUGGGCUUUGCUUCUGUUAAAUACCCUGGUCGACAUUGACAGGCUUUCUUACUACCACAAUAAAUCAAUAACUUUUUGAGUCUCAUAACUUUUAUAGCGCUUUUGUUGAUGAACACCCGAUCGUCGACAUGCGAUAAAUUAGGUGAAUAUUUCGAUGUAAUCAUUAACGCAAAAGAAUGAGAUGGGGUGUGCUGAUUUCAACUUUUAAUUGGUUUUGGUAGAACGGUUGGCCUAAAAGACCAAUUAAAAAACACUAUUAACAAAAAAACUAAUAGUACGUGGUUAGUUAAUCAACCUGUCAAAUGAUCAAUGAUUCCACCAGCUUGAACUGACGCACUCACACGAAUCAUCAUUCAGUCCAAUAAAAGAAAGUAUGAAUAUACCUCGGUGGUCAUUUGUUAAUCACCUAAUUAAUUACGGUUUGAAAAUUAUUAUAUCUCAUCUAAUUGUUUUAGGCAUUGUAUCUUUUUAGUUUAGAUGUUUUCCCAUGGUUAGCUAUUUUGAGUCUUUUUUGACCAUGGUAUAUAGUAUUAGAUAAUAUUACAAUAAAAGUGACCACGUGUAUGUAUAAUGUAUUGUACAUCUACAUAAAUGUUCCAUAUACUAUACGAUGCGACUCCCAUGAUAAUGAUAUUUUGGAGAUAAAGUAUAGUAGUAGUCAUAAGAUUCAAGAAUCUAUACUCCAUCUCUUUGCUUCAUCUGUAAACACACAUAAGUUUAUUUGUUUUAAUCUCCUGAAUAAUUCGUGGAGUUCAGAGAGAAAGAAAGGAAGCUUUAUUAAAGGCUUUAGCUUCAGGAAAAGACAGAUUCUAUUCUUUUAAGUCUCCUCUUUCUUCGCUUUUCCACUUCUUCUUUCUCCUUUCGGACAAAACAGAGAAGUUAACGGUACAAACCUCUUUCUCUCUUCUCCUAGUUCCUGUCCUAAAUUUUUGGUAUGCCUCUCGAUUCUCCCUGUCUUCUAGGCUCUUUUUUUCUCUCUCAUAUUUCGAUCUAUAUGUCUCUAUGAAUUCGUCUGUGUGUGUUUUUUUAUUUUCUUUCUAUUUUUCGGUUUCCCUUUCUCUAGCUUUUUUCUUUUCAAGUAAAUUUCAAGUAAACCGUUUCGAUAAACUUCUUACGCAGAUAA